AUGUAAGAAACAUCAUGGCGCGGUCCAAUGUCAGCUGUUUCCGACCAAUGCUGCCAUCUAUUGCUUGACGUUUUGCCGUGUAUUAUUGUAUGACCAGUUGCCAACUCACCUGUAACGAUGCAUGUUGGGAAAGAUAAUGUUAACGUGAUUUACUGAAGUAUGUUUGCAUCAAAAAAAAUUAAUUAAUGUCUUGUUUAUUGACAUUUUACUCAUUCUUCACGAUGCGUGUCAGUGGCUGCGAAAAUUAGUGUAAACAAACAGAAAAUGGCGUGUGUCGGAGGAACCACUGGUAAUGAUGCGGCACAGAAAUUUUUAGAUUCCUUACAAAAUGAUUUAAAAAAUUUAUCCGCCGAAACAAAAAAGAAGUUUCCACAAAUAAAAGAAUCAUGCGAGGAGGGAAUCGUUAAACUUCGUAAUGCUGCCGCAAAUCCACAGACUCCAGUUUAUUAUAUUGUUAACCAAAUAUUAUACCCUUUAGUACAAGGAUGUGAAACAAGGGACCAUAAAAUAGUUAAGAUAUGUCUUGGAAUGAUGCAACGACUUAUUACUCAGCAGGCUGUUGAUCAGAAAGGAGCACGAUACAUUACAGACACACUGUGGAUGCUUAUGGAAUCAGGAACUGAGGAAGUAAAAGUGUUGCAGAGCGUGACAUUGCUACUUACAACAAAUGCAGUUGUUCAUGGGGAUACUCUAGCAAGAAAUUUGGUUCUGUGCUUCCGUUUACACUUUACUAAAGACUCAACUACUAUAAACACUGCUGGAGCCACUGUAAGGCAGCUUGUAUCUCUUGUAUUUGAAAGAGUUGUUGCUGAAGAUGAGUAUUUCAAAACUAGAGAUACUGUUAAAAGGGAAGUUAAUUUAGAAGAACUGAAAAUUCCCAGUAAUGUGGCACCAAAAGGUCUACGUCCUUGUGCAGCUGAUGCUUACCUUAUGUUUCAGGAUUUGGUUCAACUCGUAAAUGCUGAUCAGCCUUACUGGCUUAUUGGUAUGACUGAAAUGACACGCACAUUUGGUUUAGAACUUCUGGAAUCGGUUCUAACAAAUUUUUCUUCUGUGUUCUUCCAACACCCUGAGUUUAGCUUCCUCCUCAAAGAACGUGUGUGUGCACUGGUUAUUAAAUUAUUUUCUCCUAAUAUUAAAUAUCGAAGCUCAGUUCCUGCUAGUGUUCAACAAGCAACUCCUUUGGAUAAACCUUACUUCCCUAUUAGUAUGCGUCUUUUAAGAGUGGUAUCCAUAUUAAUCCAAAAGUAUCACAGUUUACUGGUGACGGAAUGUGAAAUAUUUUUAUCUUUGAUUGUAAAGUUCUUAGACCCAGAUAAACCGGUCUGGCAACGUUCUCUGGCUUUGGAAGUUUUACACAAAAUGACUGUUCAACCAGAAUUGUUAAAGUCUUUUUGUGAAUGUUACGAUUUGAAAACUCAUGCUACAAAUAUUUUCCAAGAUAUUGUGAACUCUUUAGGAGCGUAUGUUCAGUCUCUAUUUGUGAAUCCCCAAUUGAUGGGUCAGACAGCUAGUGCAGCUGGAGCUGUGCCUGGUACUCAAGGCCAGCCCCCUGCACUCUUGGCAGGCAUGCCAGUUGGGCCUGGAGUCUCUCCACAGCCUGGUUUCUUCUCCAGAGGAGUGUGGCUUCCUGUAGUGGCUACAUUUUCUAGCGGUCAAGCCAAAUCUACUUAUCUUGAAAUGUUGGAUAAAAUUGAACCGCCACCUAUACCUGAUGGUUAUGGAAUAUCUGUGGCAUAUGCUUGUCUCCUUGACAUCAUUCGUUCUAUUGCAUUAACAAUCGAAGGAAUACCUGCAGCAAAUGGAGAGCAACAGUUGAAUGUGACCUACAAAGGAACAGAAGAAGAGAAAAAAUUACAUUGUCAAUUGAUAAAUUCAAGUUGCACUGACGAAUCUGCUUCUGAAAAUGUGUUGAAGGCCAUUCAGACAUUUGCAAGUCUCUGUGGUUGUUUGGAUUUGCAUACUCCUAGAGAUGCAUUUAUUACAGCAAUAUGUAAAGCUUCUCUUCCUCCUCACUAUGCCUUAACUGUAUUAAAUACAGCUCCUCAAGGUGCAGGUUCAGCAAGAAGUCAUUCCCGUGCAGGUAGUCAAGACCUUAAUUCACAGUACAAUUUAAGCACAUAUGGAGAGGCAGAUUAUCGACAACAAGUUGUGGCUGUUGGAACUCCACUGCCUACAGCUUCCCUUCCAAUUGGUGCACAACAAGGGCCGGUUAUGUUGACAGCAAAGAAUUUGCAGUGUAUGCGAGCCCUCCUCAGUCUUGCUCACUGUCAUGGUACUAUUCUCGGCACUGCCUGGCACUUGGUGCUCACCACCCUGCAGCAUUUGGUAUGGAUUCUGGGUUUAAAGCCUUCUACUGGAGGAAGUUUGAAAGCUGGUCGCACCACAGCAGAUUCCAAUGCUGUUAUUACAACAGCAGUGAUGGCUGAUCUGCCAGUGUUGUCUGCAAUGCUGAGUCGCCUGUUCGAGUCUAGCCAGUAUUUAGAUGAUGUGGCUUUGCAUCAUCUUAUUGAUGCCUUGUGCAAAUUGUCACAUGAAGCAAUGGAGCUAGCCUAUUCAAAUAGGGAACCAUCACUUUUUGCUGUUGCUAAGCUGCUUGAGACUGGCCUUGUAAAUUUGCCUCGAGUUGAAGUCCUUUGGCGCCCCCUAACUAACCACCUACUGGAAGUUUGUCAACAUCCUCACAUUCGCAUGCGAGAGUGGGGUGUGGAAGCUGUGACAUAUUUGGUGAAAGCUGCAUUGCAACAUAAAUAUCAACCACCGCUUCGAGAAAAUCAGAAGCUACAAACACUUCUCCUGGGCCCUUUGGCAGAGUUGUCAUCUGUUCCUCAUGGAGAUGUUCGCCAGCGCCAAUUGGAGUGUGUUUUGCAUGUAUUGCAUGGUGCUGGUGAAACAUUGUCUCAUGGAUGGCCAUUGGUGUUGGGAAUUAUUGGAGCUGUUUCUGAUCACCAUGGGGAAAAUUUGAUUCGUGUGGCAUUCCAAUGCUUGCAGCUUGUGGUCACAGAUUUUCUUCCAGUAAUGCCUUGGAGGUGCUUGCCUUUGUGUGUAGAUACUGCAGCUAAGUUUGGAUCUCAAACUCAAGAAUUAAAUAUUUCACUUACAGCAGUUGGACUAAUGUGGAAUAUUUCUGACUACUUUUACCAGAAUCAGGAAAAGUUAUGUCAAUCAUUAUCUGGUGACACAUCAGUGUUUCCUGAAUUUCCAGGAACUCCAAAUAUGCCACCAUUUGAUAAACUUUGGAUGUGCCUUUAUGCCAGAUUAGGUGAUUUGUGUGUGGACUCACGUCCUGCUGUUCGUAAGUCCGCUGGUCAAACGCUGUUCUCAACAAUAUCUGCCCAUGGUGGAUUGCUCCAUCAGCCUACUUGGCAAGCUGUUUUGUGGCAGGUACUUUUCCCUCUUCUUGACAAGGUCAGAAGUUUAUCCAGUUCAGCAAGUAAUGAAAAAGUUGACACUGGAGGUAAUAUAUUAAUUCACCACUCACGAAAUACUGCUCAAAAGCAGUGGGCAGAAACACAGGUGCUGACAUUGUCGGGGGUUGCCCGUGUAUUUAAUACCAAGAGACAACUUUUACAAACUUUGGGAGAUUUCCUAAGAGCUUGGUCAUUACUUUUGGAGUUCAUUGAAAAUGCAGCAUUAAGCAAAAACAAUGAGGUCUCCUUGGCAGCAUUGAAAGCAUUCCAAGAAAUUUUAUAUCUCAAUAAAGGCAGUGAUGGUAAUCUCACACAGUCAGGAGUUAGUGGUAUAUCUGUUGCAAGUAGUGAAGAACCUAAUAUUUGGGGAGUAGCUUGGAGAGUGUGGUUAAGUAUUGGAGCAGAGAGCACAACUCCUCCAGGGGAUAUGGAUAUUCGAGAGGAACUUUAUAUUCCUUCCCAGCCGUUUCUCACUGCUCUGAUACAGAUUUUUCCAGCUGUGUUCCAACAUAUAAGAACAAAAUUCACUAGUGGAGAUCUACAGAAGUUAUGUGGUGUUCUUCAAAAUGCAGUAGCUGUUCCAGUUCAUGGGGAAGCAUCUCCCUUUAUUUUACCAUCUGUGAAUGAUGUUGUUCUUACACAACUUCAAGAAGGUGUUCUACACUCAAUGGAACUUCUCCAGAAGGAGGCAUUGUCUGGAACUGAAAAUAUGAAGUCAAUGCUAGCUGCUAUAUUUCAGCAGUUGCUAGCUUUUAGUAAGUUUGCUUGUCAAGCUCCACCAUAUGGGAAAUUGGAAACAAAAAAUAUUUCACAAAUGAGAGGAAUUUCAACGGAUUGGGUCACAAUGAAUUAUGUUCCGUUUGGUGAAAAAGCUUUGAAUAUGGUGGUGAACUUGUAUGAAAAUACAGCUCAUGACAUGUCUGUGAUACAAGCCAAUGUGCUGCAAAAUAUAAUUGAGGCUUUACAUGUACCGUUAUCCAUGAAAUAUGGUUGCCCAUCAGCCAGUACUUGGAAGCUUGCUGUGACUAGUCUGCUAACUGUUCUGCAAACUGGACUUCCUCUAGCUCGAAAAUAUCCUCAACAUUUUGAGAAAAUGUGGCUUCAACUUGCAGAAACUCUGGAUCAAUUUCUUUUUCCUAAAAGCUUUCCAACGAUGGAGCAGUGCCCUGAAGAAAUCCAAGCAGAUGAAGCUGUUGAUUGCCAAGUAAUUGAAUUACUUCGUGAUGAAGUAUUGCCACAUUCCCAUACUAUCCCUAAGGAGUUUGUUCUAAAAGUUGUGGUGCUUCUUAAUAAGGGAUCAAUUCAUUCAGCUGGCAGUAGGACAAGUACAGAUUGUGAAAACGAACAAAAAUUACGAGAAGAGUUUGCAAAAACUUGUUUUGAAACAUUGCUGCAGUUUUCUUUGUUGGAUGGCAUAGUAUCUGAGGAUGGAAAUGCCGGAGGUGGUGAAGGUGGCUUAGCUGGACGGCUAGCAGUGACAGCAUUACUUCAUCGAUUCCAGGAAGUUCUUCGUCAGUAUGUGGAGGAUGAACGUCGCAGUGGCAAAUGCCCCUUGCCUAGGUACAGAUUAUCUGAAAUUUCUUUUGUCUUGAAAGCUGUAGCCACAUUAGUUGUGUCAUUGAAAAAGGCAUCUCCUGGGAAAGUGGACCGAUCAUCAUGGGAACAGUUGAUUGGACUCUAUCCUUACUUGGUUGACUGCACGACUACUGCAUCAGCACAAGUGUCACAGUCUCUGCGUGAAGCAUUGUUACAGUAUUGUGAUUUGUUACAGCCUCCGCUUGGCUAUCCUAAUGGUGUGUGAGUCACAGGGUGAAAAUUUCAUGCAUUCUCCACGUGGCUGACAAUGCCAAUGUUGAAAAAAUGUGCCAGCAUCAACAUUGUUAAGUUAAAUUGUUCUCUUACAAGAAUUCUGUUUGAUAUUUGAAUUACAAGAGGAAAUUAUAGGAUGUUAGAUAUUACAAUGCAUUUACUCUGCAUUGAAAAGCUCACAAAUUACCAGUGAUGACUGAAGUUGUUUGCAAUAACUGAUCAAAAACUGAAAAGAUCUGUAUUAUAUAACUAUAGAAUAAUAUGUUACAGUAAACUAUACAAGACUUACAAAUGGUCUUGGUUUGUAUUAUUCAUCCUCUCUGUGAGGAGGUAUAUUUCUGCCAGGGCAGACUUCUAGGGUGAUACUGCGUGGUUUAAAAUGUGUGUGUGAGUGUAUUACACAAUUUCAGUGAGGAAAUAGACUGAUAUUGCUCAUUACAGUACAAGUUAUGUUCAGUGAGUUUUGAUUUGUAUGUAUAUGCAGUAAUAUUAAUUGAACUAGAACAACACAUAAUAUAUCUGAUAGCCAAAACUGUGGGUACUUGUGAGAAAAUAUUUUCGUAUAAUAUUUGAAGUGUACUUGUUGAAUUAAUUUAAGAAACACAGUAGAAACAUAAGUUACCAGAGUCUUUCUUCAAGAAUGUUACAUUCAGGGAAAAGUGAAGUGGGUGAUGCCCUUGUAAAGGUAUCUGAAUCAUUCUUCUGGUACUUUGUUGACUGUGGGAACAAUAUUUUAAAACAUUGGAACAUUCAUAGUGUAAAACCAUUACUAUUAUAGUGUGAAUGUUUUAAAAGUGUGUUAUUUUAAGAAAAUAUUUUUUUGCAUGAACUACACUUGUUUGUUCCCUAGUCAUAAACUACAGAAUGUUAACUUGAGAGGUCCUUAAAGGAAAACUAAUUUAAGUUUCUCUAUUUAAAAAAUUGUUUAAGUGAAUGUAGAUAAUAAUGUUGGAAAUACAUUUCGACACAUGCAUUAUAAGAACAAAAAUUAUAUCUUAUUGUUACAAGUUAAAAGGCAUUAAUCUUUGUGUCAUUUGUGUUGAAAGGAUGACAUCAAAUGUGGCAGCAGUCAAAAAUCAAAAUAUUGAUUUGUAGAGAAUAUGAAAUGUGGAGAAAUUCAUAAAAUGGAAGGUACUUCAGAUUGAAAAAUUGAUUCAGAUACUAGUGCAUUUGGGUUCUACAUUAUUUUAUGAAGUUCUGGAAUAAAUACUGAUUAUUUUUACUUACUCUACACUCGAUAUUUAAUAUUGUGCUGUAAUCUCCUAUAUUUUGUGUGUCUGGUUGUCUUAUUUGGAACAUUUUGUAUAAAAUGUAAAACUCUGUGACCAGAAUGUGCAAAUUUGUCUUUCAGACAUUUGUUGUAAAUGUAUACCAAAAAAUUCUUGUUAAUUGUUUUCUUGCAAUACUGUUUUUGCACUGUUGAAUUGUUGAUUGUGCUAAGAUUUCAUUUCUUUCCGUUUAUUUCAUUUUUUAUCCAUGUCCAUGCUCUCAUUAGCCUUCUCUUUCCUUUCAUCACUGUCCAUUUUAAAUGUUAUUUCAUUAUUCAUUUAUAGAAGUCCACAUUUGUCUGCUGUCUAUUUGCUGUAACAUAUAGUAUGCACAUUUGCCAUUUAGAGAUUUUGUACUUGCAUGAAACAAGUGCCAGUCAUUUGAAAACUCAUUUAUAAAUGAUAAUUAUGUAAAAGUGUGAGUUAUUCUCCUCAAGACAUUUUAUGAAAUAUGGAAUUUUAAAUCUUUUGAUCAAUUUAAUUUUGAAAGUUUGAAGAAUAGAGUGUGAUAAUGUUUAUUAAGCAGUCCAGUUCUGUUAUGUUGCCUCUCUGUUAUAAAUUUGCUUGGAGGAAAACAUUGGAAAUGCUGAUAGUAAAUAUUCAACUGAAUGCCCUUAGUAAAUGUUGGUAACAUCCAUGUGUCCACACUUGAUGUUUGUGAUUUUGAACAGAGCUCACUAGUAUGUAUACAGUUAUAGUGCUCUUGUUUUGUAAUACUUUAGAUCAAAAUGUGCCUUUUGUUUCACACAACAUAAUGUGCCUUGGAUGAUAGCUAUUACUCAAAUGUUAAAUAUGUCAUAAAUAUCUUUUCUCCUAAAUACAAGCUCUUCACUAUUCAAUCAUUCUAAGUUUAACAAUCCCAAAAACCUGAAAUAUUUGUUUUCACAUGACUGGCUCUUGUGUGUUUUUGAAAUUCUUAAAGGACUGUGGAAGUUGUUGAACACUUGUGAACACAACACAAUGUGACCUUUCAAGUUUGCAUUUCAGUAGAAGUGUAUUUAUAACGAGAUACAGAGCAAUAAUGAUUUCUGUAUAAAUAUGGUGAUGUAGUAGUGUAGGUUUCAUAAUUUAUAUGAACAGUGUUAAUAUACACAACCUUAUAAAAUAAAUUUUGCUGAAAAACUUAUUUCAAAUGUUACAAUUUCAAAGUAUUUAGUAAUAUAGAAUCAUUUACAAACAUUGGCUAAAAGCCGUGUUUAUAUGUUUUUGUCCUAGAUGAUUUUUAUUUCAUUUUAUAUUUAGAAAAUUGAAAUUUACAUGCUUAUAUGUUUGAGAGACUUGUAUCUUAUUAAUAGUGAGAAUCCCAUAAAGUAAGAUUUCUAUAUAUCAAACAAAGUUUGUGAUGGUGCAUAGGAAUUAUGCAUCUAUUCAUUAUUGAUAGUGGUCUUGCUAUUCAAUUUAUUCAAAAUUUAUAUAUAAAAUAAACAUUUUUCAUCUUAUUUGUUUUGUGAAACUGCAGUGUUUUAGAGUUGUAGAAGAUAAGACAAAUUGCUGCUUUUGAAGUAACUUAACUAUAAAUUGAAUUGUAGUGCAAUAUGUACUAAGAGUGAUAAGAGAGCUUUAAUGUUUUAGGAUUGGUGCUUCAAAUUUGUUGUUCAGGUAUUGUACAGGUAAAACGUGUUUUGUGUUCACUCGUAUUCACUAGUAUUGUAAAAACUGUAAAAUUGCAUUUGUAUUCUUAAUCACAUAACCACUUUUAUGUUAAAUAUCUCACAUUCAUAAAAUGUAGAUUUGUGAAUUUAUUUCUUGGUAUUGCCAUUAGUAAAUUGAUCCACACAUCUUCAUUGAAUCAGUAGUGUAUUCAGUAUUUUUUUCAUUCUGUAAGGUGCAAGUCUCCUUACCCAACUGAUCUUGAUAAUUAUAGUAUUAUCUCACAAAUGCCUGCAAUUUGGUUGUAUCAUCUGUAUAUUUUGAAAUUCAUUCAUAGAAAUUUAUAAUAGAUAUUUUUUUCUGUAGAUAUUGUCUUGUCAGUGGGUAUGUGGAUUUUAUUUUAUUGUUACAUGUGAGGAUAUUAAAUACUGUUUAAGUGUAUUUGUGUAGAGAUAUUGAGUAUAUUUUAUGUUUGAAUUUUAUUAUUUGUAAAUAUUAUUUGGUUGUUCUCAACAUUUUAUUAUUUGUCCAUUCCUUUAUCAUAAAUUAUUAAUCUUCAUAAAUACUUUAUAAAACGUGCUAGUUACUACGUAAGCUGCAAGGAACUUGAAUAGUCAACAAAUAUUGUUGACUACAUGUGUUCCUUACAACCUAAGUAAUAACAAUCAUGUUUUUAAAUCGUUAAUAAAUUUGUAACAUUAGACUGUUUUAUGAAAACAUCAUCCUAAUGUUUUUGAACAUGUAGUUCUUCAUUUGGUAAAUAGAGUUUUUACCUAUUUAUACACGUGCCACACUUUCUAAAAUCAGAAUUAAAAAAAAAAAAGUAUACUUAAAUUUGAGCUCUUGGUGCCGUAACAAGAUUCCUAUCUGUUGUGUGUAGAUCCCCAGAAUUUGCUCAUUAGCUUGAAGGAUUUAGUGCUUAAAAGGAAGUCAUUUAGACAUUGAUCUAAAUUAAUUAUUAACAAAAGCAUUAAUUCUUUACUUUUCUAAACUGUACGUUUGGGGCAGAAUUAAGGUAAACAUUUCCUUUUUAUUCAACUAUUGUAUUUCUCAGAACUAAAUGUUCAAAAACAGUUAUAUCACUUUUUGUUUCCUAUGAUAACUUUCUGGUAAAAUUACAAAAUAGAACUAGUGGUCUACAGCUCUUAAUUUUCUUGCAUUAUUUGUAUCAGCAGUGCAAUAUUAUACUAUUAUAUGAAUCUGCUAAAGUGUUUCCAGCCAGAAAAAAAAGGUUUAUCCUUGCCAAUAUUCUACCUCAGAUACAAGGAAUUAACUCGCCAUACGCUUUACCGCUCACUACACAUUACCUCGUUUGUAAUCACUUUUGCCAAAGUUUAAAAAAUGAAUAAUCUCUCCCAUUCUGUUUAACUUGUGUACUUAUCAAAAAUUUCAAGCCAAAAUUAGGUGGAUACUACACAUUUUUUUUAAAAAAAAGGAGUACUUGGUAUCUUUUAAAGAUCU